CCCACCUGCACCGAUCACCUGGACGCACCUCUCACCAGGACCCACCUGGACCCACCUCUCACCUGGACCCACCUCUCACCUGGACCCACCUCUCACCUGCCAGCCUGCGCUCCUCCCCUUCCCCCUCCUGCUUUAUUCCGGCUCCUGCCCUCCUCCUCUCCAGUCCCGCUGAAGUCUCUCGGCCCGGGGGGAGGGGGGUCGCCGACCGUUGAUCCGCCUCCGCAGACGCUGCCCGACCCGCCGGGACGGAUGGAGACGCUGAGGGAUCCCGCGGAGAGGGAGGGGAGCCGCCGCAACCCGCGCCCGUUCCGGAGGCAGCAGCACCGGGCGCUGGCGGCGAGCUGCCUCCGCAGCGGCUGCCUGUUCGAGGACCCGCUCUUCCCGGCCGCCGGGUCGUCGCUGGGGAACGUCAAGGAGCGGGUGGCCUUCUGGAGGAGACCUCAUGAAAUCCUUCGGAACCCCCAGUUCUUUGUGAAAGGAGUCAGUCGCUUCGAUGUGUGCCAAGGAAAUGUGGGAGACUGCUGGUUCCUGGCUGCCUUGGCCUCGCUCACCAUGCAGCAGGAGCUGUUCGACCACGUCGUUCCCCCGGACCAGGACUUCCACAGGAAUUACUGCGGCAUCUUCCAUUUCCGGUUCUGGUACUUCGGUGACUGGGUGGACGUUGUGGUUGACGACCGUCUCCCAAACGCCAGGAACCAGCUGAUCUUCGUCAGGUCAUGUGAGGAGAACGAGUUCUGGUGUGCCCUCCUGGAAAAGGCCUACGCCAAGCUGUAUGGUUCCUAUGGAGACCUGCACAUGGGACAGAUUGCAGAGGCCAUGGUGGACUUCAGCGGGGGGAUUAAGUUGGAGAUUUUACUGAAGAGCCCACCCCCAGAUCUCUGGAAGAUGCUGAGGACGGCCAUCAGCCUCGGUUCCUUUGUGGGCUGCAGUACAUCGUCAUGCUCCAGAGAACACAGUCCUGGACUGCUGGAUCCCUCCUCGGGGAGUGUCACCACCCCCCCCCCCCACCAAAAGUCCAGGGAGUCUCCGUGGCUCCUUGGCUGUCGCAAGGCUGCAGGGGGACCAGGCCUGGGCAAUGGUAUUCCAGAGAGAAGGGGAGCAAAGGACGGCCAGUGGACUGGUGAUGACCACGCCUACUCGGUCACAGGAGCUGAGGAGGUGGAGUACCACAACCAGCUGGAGGAGUUGGUGCGAGUCAGGAACCCCUGGGGGAACGAUGUGGAGUGGAACAGGGCCUGGAGUGAUGGGUCCGCACUGUGGAACAGGAUCGACCCCAAGAUCAGGGACCGCUCUGCUGCUCGAGAGGACGGGGAGUUCUGGAUGGCAAUGCGGGAUUUCAAGGAGCACUUCUCCCGGCUGGUGAUCUGCAGCCUCACCCCGGACUUCCUGAAGGGCAUUGGGCACCAGGAGUGGGCCUUGUCCACGCACCGCGGCACCUGGCUCAGGGGCUACAGCGCCGGAGGUCCCCUGGACAGCAAUAACGGCAGCUACUGCAGCAACCCCCAGUACCGCUUGACCCUGACCGAGAGCAACGUGGACCCGGAGACCCGAAGGUGCCACUUCGUGCUGUCCCUGAUGCAGAAACCCCGGAACCAGCAUCGCAACGUCAGCCCCAAGCUCGCCAUUGCCUGCCACGUCUUCCAGGUGCCGCCCAUGGGAGGGUUUGCGAAUGACCAUCAGUUUUCUGAAGAAAAGGUAACAAAACGUACUGACGAGGGCAGUGCUGUUGAUGCAGUCUACACAGAGGUGCAGGUGAAGGAGCAGAAGCUGCCGCAGAUGUUCUUCAGCGAGCGUUACCUGGUGACGCGGGGGCUGACGUACACGGCGGUCAGGGAGGUGAGCGAGACCUACCGGCUGGGACCCGGCACCUACAUCAUCGUGCCGAGUACGGAGCAGCCCAACGAGCAAGCCGAGUUCAUCCUCCGCACGUACUUCCACAAGGGCAAGCCCCACAACACACAACCGUCACUGAGCAGGCAGGAGUACAGCGAGUGGGAACAGAUCUUCGAUCAAUAUGCCCAGGUGAGUGACACCAUGUCGCCCCCGGUUACCGUUCUGGGGGGGUGA